AGGCGAGAGAGGGGAUCCCCCCCUUUUUUUUCCUCCCUCUUCGCCUCGUCUGCCUGCCUGCUUGCCUGCCUGCCUCCUUCCUUCCCCCGCCCCGCACGAAACCGCUUCCCGGGCGCGCGGCCCAGCUUCCCCCCCCUCCCCCCCUUGCCGGGCCGGUUGUUUCGGCGGCGUUUCGGCGUCGGGGGGGGCGCCGGCGCAAGGCAGGCGGGGCGGCGGCCAAGAUGUCUUCGGUGCAGGCGUCCCGCAGACAAUGGUGCUACUUGUGCGACCUGCCCAAGAUGCCCUGGGCCAUGAUCUGGGACUUCAGCGAGGCCGUCUGCCGGGGCUGCGUCAACUUCGAGGGCGCCGAUCGCAUCGAGCUGCUGAUCGAGACGGCGCGGCAGCUCAAGCGCAGCCACGCCAUGCCCGAGGGCCGAUCGCCGGGGCCGCCGGGCGCCAAGCAGGCCAAGGACGGCGGAGGAGGGACCGGGCUGGAGCGCUACGAGCGAGCCCGCCUGGCCGGCCCCGACUACGCACUCAGCCCGCGCUUGCCCAACGGCCUGGCCCGCGGCGGCGAGGAGGUAGGCGGCGGCGAAGGCAGCCGGCAGAGCCCGACGGCCCGGCGCGCUCUGGUGGGACCCGCGCCGCCGGGCCUGGUGCCUCCGCCGGGGCUGAUGCUGGCGGCGGCCGUGCGUCCCGCGCCGGGCCCGCUGCCUCUGGCCUCGCCUCUGCUGGGCGAGCUGGCCAAGCCGGCGUCGCGGGCGGGCUACGAGUACGAGAAGGAGAAGGCGCGGCACAGCGAGUGCCUGGCCGAGCUGAACGAGGCCAUGCGGGCCCGCGCCGAGGAGUGGCACGGCAAGCCCAAGCCGGUGCGGGAGCAGCUCCUGGCGCUCUGCGGCUGCGCCCCCUUCACGGUGCGCUUCAAGAAGGACCACUCGCUCACCGGGCGCAUCUUCGCCUUCGACGCUGCCGCCCGGCCGGGCUACGAGUACGAGCUCAAGCUCUUCGCCGAGUACCCGUGCGGCUCGGGCAACGUCUUCGCCGGCGUGCUGGCCGUGGCCAAGCAGAUGUUCCAGGACUGCCUGAAGGAGCCCGGCAAGGUGCUCUCCUCGGGCUACAAGUACCUGGAGUACGAGAAGCGGCACGGCUCCGGCGACUGGCGCCUCCUGGCCGAGCUCUUCACCGAAGCGGUGCGCUACUUCCGCGAGCCGCCGGCGCCCGACGCGCUGCCCCAGCAGUUCCUCGACGGCUCCUCGGCCACCGGGCCGCCCAACGUGCUGCUGCGGGCCGCCCCACCUGCCCGUCCGGGCUUGAGGCGCCGCAAGGCUUCCCCGGAGCCCGAGGCGGGGGACCUGGCGGCCGGGAAGCUGACGGGCGAGGAGCAGCUGCAGCAGCAGCAGCGCCAGCACUGGCUGCCCCCGGUCUCCUCGGCCGGGCUGUACCCGCCCCCGGGCCUGGCUCACCUGCCCGCCCAAGCCGGCCUGCCGGAGGGCUCCCUGCGCAACGACCCCUCGCCCAUCACGGCCCUGAAGAACGUGGCCGACACGCUCGGUGGCAAGGAGCUCAACCCCGUGCACUCCACCACCGCCCGGCAGAACAGCACCAGCCCGGCCUCGCCGGCCGCCUCGGGACCCCACCGCCUGGUGCCCCGCAACGGAGAGCCGGGCCAAGCGGCCACCACCACCACCUCUUCUUCUUCCUCCUCCUCCUCCUCCUCCUCUUCCUCCUCGUCUUCAUCCUCCGGAGCCCACUCUUCCGGGGCGGCCGAGCCCAGCGGCACCCAGAGCGCCCCCGACUCCUCCGGGGGUGCCAGCAGCGCCCCGCUCUGCUGCACCAUCUGCCACGAGCGGCUGGAGGACACCCACUUUGUGCAGUGUCCAUCAGUGCCGGGCCACAAGUUCUGCUUCCCCUGUUCGCGGGAUUUCAUUAAAGCCCAAGGAGCCACCGGCGAGGUCUAUUGCCCCAGCGGGGAGAAGUGCCCCCUGGUGGGCUCCAACGUGCCCUGGGCCUUCAUGCAGGGCGAGAUCGCCACCAUCCUCGCGGGGGAUGUCAAAGUAAAAAAGGAGCGCGAUCCCUGAAGGCGGCGCGGAGAGGAGCAGCUACGAUCCGGGACGGUGUGCCACGGGACGCCCCCUACCCACCUUGGCUCCUGCGGCCAGGGCAGGGACUGGAGUAACUUAUUGCCUCUCUGACAUCCUCUGCCACCCGCUGCAGACUUGGGGGGCCUGUAUAUAAUU